CGCAAAUUCAACAGGCGGUCGCGGGAUGUGGGCGUGGCUGAUGCUCCACAUGAGAGAAGAUGGUGAUUCUAAAGGGUAUUCCUCGUAUCCUCUCCCCUCAACUGCUGUCUGUGAUUGCCAGAAUGGGGCAUGGAGACGAAAUCGUUUUAGCAGACGCCAAUUUCCCCAGCGCCUCCAUCUCCAGACACGGACCUGAGCUGGUCAGAGCAGACGGUCACGGGAUCCCAGCUCUCCUGAAGGCUGUGACUCAGCUAAUGCCUCUGGAUAGCUAUGUCCCUGCACCAGUCAUGUUGAUGGAUCUGGUUCCAGAUGACAAGAAACGUGGACUGAAGACUCCAGUCUGGGAUGAAUACAAGUCUAUCAUCAACCGUGCUGAGGGGAAGGUGGUCCAAGUGGAACUGAUUGAACGAUUUGCUUUCUAUGAGAGAGCCAAGGGGGCCUUUGCAGUGGUGGCCACGGGGGAAGGAGCUCUGUAUGGCAACAUCAUACUCAAGAAAGGAGUCCUCCCUGCAGACUCUGAUUGAUCCUAAUGAACUGUUGACUGAACUACUACUCCCACUGAAACCCAAGGACGUUUUUGAUCAAUAUUUUUCUCUGACUUAUGUGGGAGUUACUUGUGGCUUCGUUGCAAUCACACACUGAUCUGGGUUCAGUGUGUCCACUAGUAAAUUGGUGGCCUGGGCUGCCCACAACUUCAGGAACGAAUACCAUCUGGCAGAACGCCCAAUACCGACCAAUAUCUGCACAUUAUUAACAAGAAUUUUAUGACACAGCUGCAAGCAAUCACACAAAUUAAGCAAUAAGUGUACAAAUCACAUCUGGUGAUAAAUUACGAGGAUGAUUUCUGUGUGCAAUCUGGCAUAAGUGAUCCAAAAGCAGAAGGGAGAAAGAGAGGGGGGACUAGAGGAGAAGGUGGAGUGCAAGUGGUGCUAGAGCGAGAGUCAAUAGAGAGAGUCUGUGAUGAGAGGGACCUCCCCCUCCAACGACCUGCUCGUUCUUCCUGUCAGGCGGUGUUGGCCAGGUGCUGGGUAGAGCGGUAGUGGCAGGAGUAGAGGGGGCAGUUGUUGAUUUCACCUCAUGUGGCCAGUGGCUGCAGUCGUAGAAAUCUCUCAGGCGCUCUGCAUGAGCCUCAGGGAAACUGUUGAUGAAUUUCUCGCAGGAUUCGUAUGUGUUGAGGAUCUCAACUCUCUGGCCGUCCUCUGAGCACUGGCCCAACAGCUGGCAGGUAAAGUUUGCCUGUUGCUCAUAGCAAACCUUGUCAAUUUCUUCUGCAAUCAUUCCAAAACGGGUGUCGUAGUAUCGCAUCAGCUCGUACAUCCACCCAGUAACUUUUCUCUGCAUGUCCUGCGUGCAAUAUUGCAGUCGGUCCUCUUGCAUCGUUGCGUUCUCGUGUUCUGUGAGCGACUUGCAUUCUGCGGCCACAAGCGACGAGUUGUGUAGGUCGCAGAAGUCGUCUCGGUCAAGAAGCACAUUUGCCACAUCCGUACCGCAGUUCUCCCUUACCAUCUCCUCGCAGUUCAGAGACGUCAGGAGUACCUGCACCUCUCCGUCCCCCUGCUUCUCGCACCGUGGGAACCUCUGGGCGCACAUGAUCGCUCUUGCAGUGGCCGCGCAUUCGCCGGAGCGGUAGAGCCCCUCGUCGGCGGAGAUUUCCUCGAUCUCCAGCUCAAUAGCUGCAGAGAUUACGGCCAGGCUCUGCGGCAUUUCGUAAUCCAACGUGCAUACGGAGGAAGAUUGCGGCUGCACGCAGGAAUCCACGGGCCCAGCGUCGUUCCCUGGCGGCGUUCCCUCUGAAGAGCUGGAGCCCAGUGGAACGAGGCUCCGCUCUACGAACGGUUUUGAAGCACCAUCUUGUACCAGGCAGGUCAGGAGACCCAGCGCAACGGCUGCAACACAUAAAGUCGUUUGAUUUCGGCCCAUUUUCUAUCUGGUUUUCGGUGAAAAAUGAAUCCUCUCUCGGCGGCUAGUUGGUUUUGUAGAGCUGGGUAAUUUAAAUUGCGCAAUCUGAUUGGUCCGUGCUUAGUAGCGUCCUCGCUGCGCUCGAACGCACGCCGACAGCCCCGGGGCCCCCGCGGC